AUGGCAAAAUUGUCGUCUGCCGCCGUUGGCGAUGCUCCGCGCGCGACGGCGCCCACGCGCAGCACGCGCCAGACGCGCAGCCAAAGCGCAGAGCCAUCGACAGUGCCCGAAACGAAGGAGAAGAAGGCGGCGGGCAAGACAAAUGAAGAUGGAGUCGCCGCGAACAAACGUGGAAAGAAGUCGAAAAAGACAAACGAACUCCCGACCGUCGAAGAGGAUGCCGCCGUUGAAGACGAUGCCGCUGUCGAGAGCGCCGUUGAUGAAGGCGGCGUAGAGCGAGAAUCUCCACUGCUUGACGAUGACGAAACAAGAGCUGAGGAGUUGGAGCAGCGGACACGCCGCGCAUCUGGCUUGUCGGGGAUCUCUGGGACGACUGCCAAAACAUCUUUUUCUCAAGAAGAGGCCGAGCAGUUGGACGCGGAUGUCAUACUCGAUGUCCUCCCGACCCUGGUGGCCGCGUCUGAUAACCUCGCUCAAUGGUUGGUUCCAAGUGGCCUUGCAACACGGCCAGAAACUUGGAAGGAGAUCCGUACGCCUGGAACCCGACACAACAAAGUCUUUAACGUCCGGAUGGGUACCAUCAUAGUGCACAAGCCCAGCCUUGGAUCACUGGAGUACAUUCAGCCAAAAAUUGUGCUGCGAGUUCUUCUCGGAGCGCAGUCAUUGGCAGAGGUCGAAGACGCUCCAUGGCGUCCAGACAGCAUUAUCUUCAAGAUCAACCUCACACAAAUGCUCAGCAACCUGCUGGUGACCUGCAAUCCCGGCGAUCUGGAAAACACGGCGCUAGAGGUGCUCGAAAGGAUUGAUGUCGCCUUCCCCGAUGCUAUCGCAGGCAGUCAAUACUCCCGGCACACCUUCGAGUUCUGGCUUAACUUCGCUGCGCAGCUCACCAUUGCCCGUCUACGAGCCUCGAUCGAAAGUGAUCCAAAUUUCUUCCCUGAUGGCCUCAUCAACAGCGUCUUCCACGACCAGGACGACGUCUUCCGCCAUGCCCAGUCAUUUGGGCUGCCGGCUCUUUCUGGCAAAGACGAUGACGAGUUGAGUAAUGCAUACGUAAUGGUUGAAGAUCUUCGCGAAUCGCUCCUGCGAGCAUUCGAGCACAACGAACCCGCGGCUGCGAUCAUUGCACUGCAAGAGCAAUUCAGAUGGGAGACCUUUGAGAAUCACGCUCUUCGAUACUACGUCGCUCGCUCGACCGCACUUGAUGAAGACAUUACCCUUGUCGGCGGAGUUGAUGGGAUACUGGAAGACCUGGCUCAGGAGGUCGAACACGUCGCCAAUCAGAAGCGCAUCGAUGAGGCCAAGCAGAAGCUCUCAAUAUCUGGCACGCCAAAGAAGAGUUUCGCCAGCAAAGGGGCCAUGGCCCGAAUGAAAGAGCGCAUGAGCUUGGCAACACAACAGAAUCAAGCUCCAGUUGCGCAGAUGACGGCGGAUCAGCCCGAGGACAACUUUGUUGCCCAGGACGAGGACGAGGAAGACACCGGAGUACCCUCGCAGCAAGCGGCGGAACCGAUCACAGAGCCGAGGACUCAAGUUGCCGCUGGACCUGAUGAGGAGCCGCAACAGAAGAAGCCACCACCAACACAACGCUCCAGGGCGACGGCAGCGCUCAUGGGGCAGGCCGAAACACUCACUCAACGUGCUGGCACGCAGCGGCCAAAGGCCAGGUUCACUGACCCUCAAGUGGGCGCCAGGCGGAUUACCAACAUCGACGAAGACGAGCAGGAUGGUACUCAGUCAAGUCAUCGAGCUCAGCCAAGACCCGCAGCGAGUCAAGAUUCCCGUCCCAGCUCUACUGCGCUCGGCAAGCGCAGGCGUGAGGAAGUCGAGGACGAUGAGGAAGAAGAUGCCGAGUUCCCGGACCCCACACAAGACGAAGGCUUCCAAGUGGAUACUCGCGAUCCAUCCGUAGCUGAUCAGCGAAGAAGAGAGCUGGCAUUUGGCAAUCCGAUCCGACAACCACAACGACAGCGAGAAACCGGCGAGUCGUCUGCUGGUGUGUACCGGGAUACUCAGAGCCCAGCCAAAAGACAGCGAAAGAACCCUGGAUCUGCCAUUCCGCCUCCCGAACGAAUUCCCGACACGGAAGAUGGCGCGCUCACGGCGAGUCAGAUGUACCAGCAAGCCAAGCACAAAGCGAAGAUCAACCGCAUCACUGCGACUCGGAAUAAGGAACCGAAAGCACGUGUCCCCUGGUCUGAAGAUGAGGAAGGCGCGCUCGGCGACCUCAUCGAACAGUACGGGGUGAGUUGGUCGGAGCUGAAGACUCGUGAUGCUGCGCGUGGAGAGGAACAGCAGUUGUGGAGACGCAGCGCGGAGGAUCUGCGGUUCAAGGCGAGGAACAUGAAGCUCACCAUGUUGGAGGCUCACCGUAAUACGGAGGCUCUCCCACCUAAUUGGGAGCAUGUCGUCUUGGACAAGAAAAUGAUUGACAAGCUGCAUAAAUUGAACAUCGACUAUCGGCAGGAGAGGCAGAGGGCUCCUCGCAUGAUGGACGAGUGAGUGUGGACGGACGCCGAGGAUGUAGGUAGUUGGUGUAUCUUGGUCCUUGGACUGUUUC